GUCGGCAAGCGUCGCGUUGCUUUUGAAAAUAUUUUAUAAACGCUCCGUCUCCGUAUAAAUAAUAUUUCACGCGACUGCUUUUAGCGACGUGAUCGUAAAGUUCGCUAAUGAGAAUGUUUAGGACAUAACCUACGUGUAAACCAUAACCUCUACGUUUCAGCGUUCGUUUCGUACGUGAGCCGCAAGAUACCUAACAAUGUCGAUUGAAAUUGAAUCUGCCGACGUGAUCCGGCUGAUACAGCAGUAUCUCAAGGAAGCGAAUCUUGUGAAGACCCUGCAAACCCUACAGGAAGAGACAGGGGUGUCGCUGAAUACUGUCGACAGUGUAGAUGGAUUUGUCGCAGAUAUAAACAAUGGACAUUGGGACACAGUCUUAAAAGCAGUACAGUCACUGAAGCUACCUGACAAGAAGCUUAUCGACUUGUAUGAACAGGUUGUUCUAGAAUUAAUUGAGCUGCGUGAGCUGGGUGCAGCGCGUUCCUUGUUAAGGCAGACUGAUCCCAUGAUUAUGAUGAAGCAACAGGAGCCUGAGAGAUACAUCCAUCUAGAGAACCUGCUUGCACGAUCGUAUUUUGACUCGCGCGAGGCGUAUCCCGAUGGAAGCACCAAGGAAAAGCGGAGAGCGUACAUAGCCACCGCUCUCGCUGGUGAGGUGUCGGUAGUACCUUCCAGCAGAUUGCUCGCCCUACUGGGACAGGCGUUGAAGUGGCAGCAGCAUCAGGGCUUGCUGCCGCCGGGCACCACGAUAGAUUUAUUCAGGGGAAAAGCAGCGGUGCGCGAUCAGGAGGAUGAGAAGUAUCCGACGCAGCUGUCGAAGCAGAUCAAGUUCGGCCAGAAGUCGCACGUGGAGUGCGCGCGUUUCUCGCCGGACGGGCAGUACCUGGUGACCGGCUCGGUAGACGGCUUCAUCGAGGUGUGGAACUUCACGACCGGCAAGAUCAGGAAGGACUUGAAGUAUCAGGCGCAGGACAACUUUAUGAUGAUGGAGCAGGCGGUGCUGUCGAUGUCGUUCAGUCGCGACAGCGAGAUGUUGGCGGGCGGUGGCCAGGACGGUAAGAUCAAGGUCUGGAGAGUGCAGAACGGCCAGUGUUUGAGGAGGUUCGAGAAGGCACACUCGAAGGGCGUGACGUGUCUGCAGUUCAGCAGGGACAACAGCCAAAUUUUAUCGACUUCGUUUGACACUACCAUAAGAAUACACGGCCUGAAAUCCGGAAAGACUCUCAAGGAGUUUCGCGGUCACAGCUCGUUCGUGAACGAAGUCAUUUUCUCGCCGGACGGUCAUAAUGUAAUCAGCGCGUCGUCGGACGGAACGGUAAAGAUCUGGAGCUUGAAGACUACCGAGUGCAUAGGCACUUAUAAAUCACUGGGCGCGGCCGACUUGACGGUGAACAGCAUACACUCCCUUCCUCGAAACCCGGAGCACUUCGUCGUGUGCAAUCGCUCCAACACGGUAGUAAUUAUGAAUAUGCAGGGCCAAAUAGUCAGGUCGUUCUCGAGCGGUAAACGAGAGGGGGGUGACUUCGUGUGCACGGUAGUGAGCCCACGUGGCGAAUUUAUUUAUUGCGUCGGUGAGGAUCUCGUACUGUACUGCUUCUCCACGUCCUCCGGAAAACUUGAAAGAACUCUCAACAUUCACGAGAAAGACGUGAUCGGCUUGGCGCACCAUCCCCAUCAAAAUUUGUUGUGCUCCUACAGCGAGGAUGGUCUUUUAAAACUGUGGAAGCCGUAAAUGAAUCGAGAGGCUUUCGCUUCUUUACUUGAAAACGGAGUUGGAAAAGCUACUCGCAUGCUACUCACAUGUAUCAUAAUACACACUGUAUCAUAAUUACAAACUAAGAUUUAUAAUGUAAUUGUAAGAUUUUCACAUUGUAUUUAAUUCAUUUACGUUUUCAUUACAAGACCAUAUCCAUAUCCUCGCCAA